UUAAUCUUCGUUCUGAUCGUUCAGGAUGAAUUCAAUAGUUUGCUUCUGAGAACCAUAAAAUCAGCAGUUAAACAGCUCCUGACUGAAAAGAUAACCGACAUUAUGUGUCUGUGUUUAUGCAGUUAAACAUUUUUCAGGAUAUGGUCACAUUCGUUUCAAAACGUGCAUAGGGACUGUUAGUUAAAAUAUUUCUUUUUCGUAAAUCAGAAAGUAGCUUCGCGUUUAAAAAGCGAGUCAUAAGCGAAAUCUGACAUUAUUAAGGAUGGGUGAAACCGAUACUUCCAGCCAUAUGGUGGUGGACCUACAUAACAGCAGUGUAGGCUUCAGCAGCCUGUCGUCUGCACACCCUGACACAGGCAGCAGUGAGGUACACGUCCCUGUCUCACUAUUCUGGGGCCACACUACACCUGGUUUGAACAUAACUUCGAGCACCGGAGACACCGAUGAACUGAAUGAGCGCUACGCAAGCGCCAUUCUGCCAUUAACGAUCACCUUUGGGGUGUUUGCCGUAACAGGUGUCGCCGGCAACAUAAUUGUACUGAUCGUUUUCUCCCUUGGUCGCGCAUACCGGAACAACAAUUUCCGCGUGUUUGUCGUCUGCCUGGGUUUAAUUGACCUGCUUACCAGCGCUUUUCUGAUUCCUGCAGAAAUGGCCAAGCAUAGGAACUACUUUGGAUUUGAAAAUGUGGUCAUGUGUAAACUAAAAAAUAUGUUAAAUGUUUGGGCGGGUAGCGCGGCGGCGUUGUCAUUGCUGGUGAUUUCCGUGGACAGGUACCGGAAGGUGUGCCAGCCGUUCAAGCGGCAGAUCAGCCCUCGCCUGGCCCUGCGGCUCUGUGUGGUACUCUCCUUUCUCGUACCCAUAGUUCUCGCAGUGCCAGGCGUCAUUAUGAGCGGUAUCCGGCAAGCACAUAUGCUGAACGAGCGCGGACAAAACACGACGGUAUACAUAUGUUCUACAGAGGAAAAGUUCCAAAAACACCCAAUGAGAGUCAUAUAUAAAUAUACAUUCAUUACCCUUUUGCUAGGUGUUUCAAUAGCGUGCAUUGUUAUGUAUAUUUUGAUCGGAAAGCAAAUCUUCAGCCACUGGGGAUCUUUGCCUGUGUCUUUCCGGAAGGAUUCUAACAGAGAAUACAACUCCGAGUACUCCUCGGACACGUUUGGUAAUUUGAAAGUGGUGCCGCAAUCAACCAAUAAAUCAGCGAACAACGAAACCAGUAACCGGGUUAGCACGGAGACGAAAAGCUCCGACGUAGAUCCCUGUCCACCGAGCCCUAUCGUGUGUCCCGGCAGUGCUAAGACUGCCAGCGAAAGUCCGCGGAGAACCCGAGCUCAACUGGUCAAGCAAAGCACGUUAGACGAAGGCGACAAAGAGGCAAUGCAGAAGAAGUUCAUAAGGCAGCUGAGCAGCGUUAGUGCCUCAUCCGGCCGUAUUGUGGUCGUUAACAACGACACCAGCUCGUCUACCGCCUCACGACGUCGUACCAUGAGUCGACGAGCUUCUGGGUUCGGCCUUAAACGAUUUCCUUAUAAAACCCUCAUAUGGUUCGUCCUUACGCUGGUGUUCAUUGUUACCUACAUACUAUUCCUUGCCAUGGCAACCAAAGUGGACAACAUCACCAAGCUGUCGCCGUCCUCCUUUGCCCUUUUCGAGGCGUUCUUUCGGCUUUAUUUCCUGAACAACAUUAUCAACCCCCUUGUGUACGCAUUGCUAGACAAGAACUUUAGAAAGGCCUGUCGAACCAUCGGGCCGAGGCUUAAGUACACAUGGCGUGAAUGCUGGCAAUAGCUUGCGUACAGGUAUCCAUUCAUGAAGGACGAAUUGCGGGAACGCUGGCUAUAGCUUGCGUACAGGUAUCCAUUCAUGAAGGAUGAAUUGCGGGAACGCUGGCUAUAGCUUGCGUACACGCGUGCUUUCGUGAAAGAAAUAUGGUGAUUAUGAUGGCUAUAUCAUUCAUACAAGCACCGAGUAAUGAAGGAUGAACGGUGGGAGUAUAGACCAAACCUUGUGUGCAAGCAUCCUUUCAAAACGUGUGUUUAUUAUUUAUGUAAAAUACACAUUUUACCGGAUAAGUUUGUCAUAACAUACUUUUAUUUGUUGGACAAAUCAGCGAAAUAAAACAAUCGGAUAUGUAAAGUUUUCAGUUCAGAUACGGUACAUCACAUCGAUAAACGUGUUCAGAUUUAUCCGAUUUGAUAUUACAAAUAGUAAUUGACAUUGUUCAUGUAUAUAAUUUUGGAACAUCCGAGUACAAGAAGCGUUUAUAAUGUUUAUAUGAAUUUCACAUGUAACUUUUUUAUAUGCUUUUGGAAGUACACAACUGAAGCAAAAAUGCGACCAUCUUUGACAAAAAUGUUUAUACCAGACACGGAAUAUAACUGAAUAAUACUCUUACAACGAUAUAAGCAAUUUAUUAGAAACCUUAAACCAUAGCAGAAAAAUAACUGGGACGAGAAUGUUAUGUUUAGUAACAAAUGUUAUAGAUUCUUACACCAAUUUUGAGUUCAUUGUUGAACAGAGAUUUGAGUCCAUACUCUGUUGUAUAUUAGAGUAUUUACUGCUUUUGCUUUCUGUAAACCUAGUAAACGAAAAUAUGCAAACAUCGCUAAGUGUGUAAUUUUACAAUUUUAGAAAUACAUUUAUACCUGAUGUUAACAGAAGAAGACCAAAUCACCAUGGCGCCGCUCGUUCUGUUGUUCCUGGUGGUCGUGGUAGUGCCAGGAGCGAACGCUCAACCCUGGUUUAUGGGUGGAGGGCUCGAUGAUAUGCUAGCGAACAUUCACGGCAUGGCGGCGGGCUUACACAUGCAAGGCGCGGCCAUGAUGUCCCAGGGCAUGCGACACGCCCAAUUUGCUCGCCAGUACGGACCAGGGGGUCGGGAGUUCAGAACACCGGGCGGACGAGGAUAUGCCUACAACAGCCCGGACGGCUCGUUCAGCUCAUACUCUUUCUCGUCCGGCUCCCCCGGAAGUGGAUACAUGUUCCAUUCCGGACCAGGCGGAAGUUGGGAGCGCAGAUGGUAGAUGAGACUUUCUGCAAUAGGACGGACACUGGAUGGACAUUUGGACUAUUAUCCUUUUUUAACUGCAAAACAAAUGGAACUAAGAGAAUAAUUUAAAUUUGCGAAUCGAAUGAAUCUACAAAGUGGACUUUGCCUAUAUCUGCAUUCUUAUUUAACCAGAUUACACAUUGUGUGACGAAAGGAUGCCUUGACCAAAUAAAAAUUCAAUGUACUAUUCA